AUGGGAUUGCCACCAGUGGCGUCCUCUUUUAGGUGGAUUGUGGAUAAUGAACUUCUCAGAAAAAAUCAUUUAACCUGCCCUGAUGAUUACAUCACUGAUAAAUUACCUGUUACUAGAGCACCAAAAGGAAAAUCAGAACCUGGCUACAUCAAAGAGACAUUUAGUUUUAAACAGCAUGUUUCUUCAGGCUCGCGGGCCCAGAUGCCUGCAGAGAUUGCACACCUACAGAAAAUAUCUGGUAGUCUGCCAAAUGUGUCUUUAUGCACAUUAACUCUGCCUUCAACUCCAGAUUCUAGCCACCAGACUAAAAAGACAAGUAAGAAAACGAAUGCCUUACAGAAGCUAGCCUGGAAAGAUAGUAAGUGCAAAGCAGAGGGACAAAGUGACUGUGCUUACCUUGCCAAACUUGAGAAAAGACAGAAUUACUUGAAGAACCCCCGCUUUUUCCCACCAAAUGCUCUUCAUGGAGGCAAAUCUCUUGUCAUUUCUCAAGAGAAGGUGGAACAAACCUUAGCCAAAAGAAAAGCAGAAGAUAAUAAAGGAGAUACCUCAUUUGUUCCUGUAUUUCUUGCCAAUCCACCUACUGUUUUAUUUUCUGAUUAUGAAGUUGGCCAGGUCUGUGAGAUGACUAUAGAGCUGCAGAACAUCACUUCAACGUGUCAUCAUGUAAGACUUAUCCCCCCCUCUACUUCAGCAUUUGCCAUUGGGCCAGGAAAAUUUCCAGGAAAGGGAGGAAUGAUUGCUCCUGGGAUGACAUGCCAGUAUACGGUCCAAUUUAUUCCUGAACAUCUGGGAGAUUAUGAAGAUUGUAUAUUAGUGGAGACUCAAGUAUCAGAACCUCUUCUGAUCCCGAUCCAAGCUAAAAGACGACCUCCAGUGUUAACAUUGCCUCACAUUAUAGACUGUGGUUCCUGCCUUGUUGGAGGAAUAAAAGUAACGAUGAUUUUGUGCAGAAAUGAGGGAUGUAGCACUGGGAAGUUCCGUAUAAUGCCAAAGAAAGCCUGGCCACCUCCUAAUUUCAGGGCUGUUUCCACUGUUGGUUUUGUGAUACAAGAUCCUUUUGGGAUCCAUCCUGCUGUUUUUGAGCUAGCUCCAGGGCAGAGUACAACAGUAGAGGUAGUGUUUUUCCCUUCUUUUCCAGAAUUCUCACAGCAAACAUACACCAUUGUUUGUGACAAUUGCCAAGUCAAUGAUGUUACAGUCACAGGGGUUGGACAGCUGAUAGCUCUGGAGCUUUUGUUUGUCACGGGUGGAGAAAGCAAACCUGAACCCGGUGAAGUUACUGAUGCAACAGCACAGCACCUUAUACGAUUUGACCCCCAAAACCCACACACCACCGAGGAGAAGAAACUGAUUAUAAGGAACUCUACCCACAUUGAGCUUCCUUUCUACUGGCAGAUAAUAAAGCCUAAUCUGAAACCAUUAAUACCAGAAGAAACUGCAGACUUUAUGAAGCUCAAAUACAAUCGAGACACAGAGUCAGCCUUCUUCCUAAAUCCUGAGCAAGGAGUUUUGCUUCCCCAUGCUGAUCAUGAGUUUAUUCUCACUUACACUCCACAGGAGCUGAAGAAUUAUCACAGUGUGAUUCAGAUGGUACUGAGGGACAUCCCAGAAUCACCUUGUUUAGUAAGAGAGGCGAUGCUUCAAAACAUCCCAGAAUACAAAGCAGAGGAUGUAAUAGCAUUGGAAAUAGAAGUUAAAGGAUCAACAGAACCAUUUCAUCUUCUUCUGGAACCAUAUGCCAUUAUCAUCCCUGGAGAAAACUUUAUUGGUGUAAAUGUCAGAAAAACAUUUAAGAUGUGGAAUAACAGCAAAUCAUUGAUCAAGUACACAUGGGAGAAAAUCAUGCCCUGUGACAUCAUGGAAGUUGAACCUCAUACUGGCACCAUAGAUAUGAAUAAAUGCUGUGAAUUUGAUUUGGCAAUUACUGGAAGCAAACCUGGGUGCAUCAGCCGUAAUCUGCAGUGUAAAAUUGAACACUGUCCAGAGCCACUUGUACUGCAUAUUGAGGCUGCUUUUAAGGGUCCACUUCUGCGUAUUGAUGUUCCAUCACUCCGGUUAGGUUUGAUUAAGCAGGGUGAGAGUGUGUUAAGAACCUUUGAGAUUAAAAAUCUGUGUCAGCUGCCAGCACAAUGGAGAAUGCAAGAAAGCCAGGUUUGUCUAGCUGAAAGGAAUGAAGAGGUAUCUCCCUUUACCAUUCAACCAUCUGCUGGAGAAAUACCUCCUUUGGGUAUAUGCAGUGUGUCGGUUCAGUUCACGUCGUUGCUGUGCCAGCGUCUCCAGACAGUAUUAGAACUAGAGGUAGAAAAUGGAGAAGGAAGUCAUCUUCCUGUUUUUGUUGAAGUUCAGACCCCCCAAGCGUGCCUGAUAUCUAGUCAUCUAGUAUUCACUGAAAUUUAUACUGGAGUUCCUGCCAAAGCAACCAGCAAGCUUUUUAACCAGACACUGCUGCCAGCAAAAUACUUAUGGGGAAAGCUCGUUGGAAGUCAGGCCACUUUCUGCUCCACCACUGUCUCCCCAGCCAGUGGCACCUUAGGCCCAAAUGAAGAAAAAGAAUUCUGCAUAGAAUUGUCAGCUAACAUCGUGGGUGAGCUGAAAAACCUUGCCCUUUCCUGUAGCAUAGAAGACAUGAUUGAACCCCUCUUUCUGAGCAUUUCUGGAGAAGUGAAAGGUCUGCAUGUCACCUACUCAGUACCUUGUGACAGUGGAGUUGCCAGUGAUGAAAGACAAAUGUUACAAAGUCCGUGUGAUCUUCUUUUGGACUUCGGAUCUGAAGUUGCACUCAAAGACAUAGUAAAGCGUCAGCUACUUCUUACCAAUCACACUGGAAUCAGUGCUCCAUUCAAAUUAGAAGCUGAGUAUUUUACUGGCUAUUCACUUACUCCAGAACAAGGAAUCUGCCUCUCCUCAGGCUACCUGGUGAAAAGAAGAGGGCCCGUCACAAAACACGCAGCCAGAAGAGCAUGGUCAGAGUUUGCAGCAGCAGUGCUGUCUCAUGGGAAGGGAGUAGCUUUCCAUAUACAACCUUCCACAGGAACUCUGAAAGCCUUCCAGCAGCUAAUCAUAGAAAUAACAGCUUACAACAACAUGUGGGGAGAGUACCAGGAUGAUCUGGUCUGUAAGGUGGGAGACUUACAACCUAAAUUAAUUCCUAUGCAAAUGACUGUGAAAGGCUGUCCAAUCUUCCUACAGAUGACAGGACCACAAACAGAGGAACCCAUAAUCAGGUUUGGCACUCAUGUCUCCGGAGGGUCUCCUGUCUUUCGGAGGGUCCAGCUCAACAAUCCUACUCCCUUUGACAUCCGCCUGGACUGGGAAAUUUACAACCAAGAGGAAGACGAUAAAAAGCUGGUGGACCUGUUGAUGUUCUUUGGAGACCCUUUUCCUCCUAAGGACAUGGAUGAAAAUGAGACUGCAUCAAUUGGUAGCACCUCAGAGUCAGAGAUCUCUUCAGACUCUGACAGCAAAGAGAAGGAAAUCAUCACUCAAGAACCUACAAUACAGAAAAUCGUCUCUGUACUUAUACGACCUCAUGAAGGGGUUCCUGCAGACAGCCCCUACUCCAUUACUCCAAGACAGAUAGUGGUUCCAGGAGGUGGCAGCAUCUCCGUUUGCAUCUCCUUCACCCCCCGGGUCCUGCCAGAGGCUGCGCCUGAAGCGCGAUGCGAAGGGUUUGUGCUGGGUUUCAUGAACCUAGACGACAAGCUUGCAAAGACAGUGCCUAAAAAAGUGCAUCGCAGACACGGCUAUGAAGCUGCACCAUUACGAAUAGACUUGCAAGCUUUCAUACGGCAUGCUCUGUUAAAAGUAGACAUGGAUCGUGACAGAGGAAUGGUGUUUUAUUCAAUGGCAAGUGAUCUCGUACCAGAUCAGUCUCUGUUAGGAGUUUUGACAGAUUCAGUAAUGACUCAGAGUUUGAAACUCAUCAAUUGCACUAAGGUUCCUCUGUACUUCAGGCUCCUUCUGUCUACACCCUUCAGCCUGUCCAGCACAGAUCCCAAAAACAGCACCAAAACAUCCCACAGCAAGAAGGAGGAAAAAGAACAGCAACCGCAACUUGUACUUUAUCCACAGCAAAACAUGCUGGUGAAAGUGUCAUUCCACACAACUCUGGAGUUACUUACGUAUCAACAUUUGCCAGAUACCCAGCUGCUUCCUGGAUUCCAAGUGCUCCAGUUUGAGAAUGGAGAGAGAAAGCUGAAGUUUACUCAAAAUCUGGUCAUUGAACAUAGUAACCACACUACCCAGCUGGUCCCAGUGACUGCAUACCUCUCUGUUCCAGUUCUGGAGCUCUCUUGCGACACUGUUGAUUUCAAGACCUGCUUUGUUGCACAGACCAAGACUGAACACAUCUUCCUGUGUAACAGGAGUAGCUGUAGAAGUUACUGGACUGCUUUGCUGGAUGAACAGGAAAGGCGUAACGACCUGGAAGUAUUUUCUGUCUCCCCUACUAAUGGUAUUUUGGAGGCACGUGAAGGGGACCCACCUACCAAAGAGAUUUUGCAGAUCAGCUUUACUGCAAGGAGCGACAUUGAAUAUGAAACUAUCGUGACCAUUACCGGAAUGCUGGGAGAGAAGCCUUGCAAGCUACAGAUCAGGGGACGUGGAACAUACGAUGGGAAGUAUGAAGACCUGUAUUUAAUUUAAGCAAGAC